AUGACCUCCCUGACCGCCCGCCGCUGCAUCGUGUGCGACGCCGAGGCGACCAAGCGAUGUUCGUCCUGUGCCAGCGCAGGCGUCGACCUCUUCUUCUGCUCGCUGGAACACUUUCAACAGGUCUGGCUCGGUCACUCGAUCCUCUGCGGGAAGUCGCCGCCUUUCUGUCGUUGCCUCACAGAAGACCAGUUCACCCACUUCAAGGAUAGCUUUGCUUUGCCUCUCGAGAAGACGCUGCGUCUGCGGAUUCUACAGCUCCUGCGUAUGCCGCUGGAUGAUCGCCCUUCGCUCGCACGAUUCAAGUAUCGCAAGAUGUUGGAGCGGGCCUUCGGAUUCGACCCUUGGAAGGUUGAUACUCAGGUAGACGAAGCAGUAACAGUCGCUGCCGAACUCGAGCGGCUCACUGGAACGUCUGCAGAGACUCUGCUUCGACAUCUUCAAGCACUCGCUCCCGACUAUACGGACCUCAUUCCCUUUCACGAUGUCCUCGUUACUUGCCUCGGCAGCCUGUAUGGGGUUCCCUCUGGCCCGCGGACACGAGAUAAUGAUUGGGGAGACAAAGGACAGCUAUACAGCCUACUCGUCUUCGAGGCCGCUGAGCGGUGGCUCUCGCACUGGCAGAAGACAGGCGAACCGCCUGUCGACCCGGGACACGAGUUGUGGUGGACGCUUCUCAUGCAUCGCGUUACUGCUGCGCUCUACUCGCUUUCGCAGCUGGACAAGCCGUACCGAUACGCCUUCGAUUGCCACGAGCAGUGCUUCGACACGACUUUCGCCUGUCUCAAGCGCGGUAUGGACCUCGACGAUCCAGCUCUGAGCGAGUGCUUCUCGCGAGGGAUGUAUGCGUUCAAUGUCAUUUCGCGGCUCUUGCGUCCUGAGCUUCCUGAGGAGGAUGCAACUCCCGUCGCUCCCACGCCGAGGAAGAAGGCGAAGGGCGGACAAGUCAAGGUGGUGCGGCUGCGCGGGUAG